AAAAACAAAAGACCCUUGCUGUCACAUUAAAAUCCCUAACCCGUCCCCAUCCGGCGGCGCCCAGUCGCGACCGCGCUCUCACCGAUCGCCUCGGUGAGUGAUACUCCGCACCGCAGGCCGCAGCGCAAGCGCCUCGGGCCGUCCGCCGUCGCCGCCUGAAGCUAGCGUCUCCUGUAAGCGGCUGGCCGCUUCACUCCGAGGCUCUCGCACAUUGUUUCGGGGCUCCGGCGACCAUGGUGGACAUCAUCGACGCGUACCCGGCGGUGCCCGAGCCCGCGCCGGCGCACCCGGACCCCUCGUCGAUCCCCCGCGACGCCUGGCGGCGCUUCGAGAGCGCCGCGCUCGGCAUACUCUACACGAUCCAGCCCAGCGCCACCUCCGAGCACCUCCGCGCCGCCAUCAUCGACUACGUCCAGCGCCUCUUGGCGUCCCACUCCGGGGUUCAGGUCUUUCCAUUUGGAUCUGUUCCAUUGAAAACUUAUCUUCCUGAUGGAGACAUUGACUUGACUACAUUCGGCCCUGCAAUUUCUGAUGAAAAAUUAGCAAAUGAAGUAUGUGCUAUUCUAAAAUCAGAAGAGCAUAGGAAAGAUUCUGAAUUUGAUGUCAAAGAUGUCCAGUAUAUCCAUGCUGAGGUCAAACUGGUGAAAUGUGUAGUACAGAACAUUAUAGUAGAUAUCUCUGUGAAUCAGAUUGGGGGACUCUGUACACUUUGUUUUCUGGAGAAGGUUGAUGAGAAUUUUGGAAAGAAACACCUCUUCAAAAGAAGCGUAAUGCUGAUUAAAGACUGGUGUUACUAUGAAACUCGCAUUCUUGGUGCACACCAUGGAUUGAUAUCUACCUACGCUUUGGAGAUUUUAGUGCUAUACAUUUUCCAUAUCUUCCAUAAGUCUUUGAAUGGCCCAUUAGCUGUCCUCUAUAGGUUUCUCGAUUACUAUAGUCAAUUUGAUUGGGAUGCUAAGGGAAUCAGCUUGUUUGGUCCUGUUUCCUUAUCUUCACUACCUGAUCUAGUUACUGACCCUCCAGUUAUUCAUGAUGAUGGUUUUCUUCUGCGGGAAAAGUUUCUCAGAGAAUGUGCAGAUGCAUUUAGUGUCCCCCCUAGAAACUCUGAGAAAGAUGCACAACUAUUUUCUCGGAAGUUUUUAAAUAUAGUAGAUCCACUGAAACAAAGUAAUAAUCUUGGACGCAGUGUCAGCAGAGGAAAUUUUUACCGAAUACGUAGUGCAUUUGAUUUUGGUGCUCGUAAGCUUGGGAAGAUUCUUCAAAGGCCUGUCUGUUAUACUGUUGAUGAAGUGAAUCAGUUCUUUGGGAACACAUUAAAGAGAAAUCGUAUUGGGUUCAGACAAGAUGUUUUAGUGAGCUCAUCUGAUGAUGGUACAUUGACUUAUCAUGCCACCAACGGUUCCUUGUCUCUAGGCUUGGAUUGCAAAAGAGUCAACAACUGCAGUGCACCUUUAUACAGCAAUCCCUGUGGUGAUUUCUCUUAUCGGUUUAAUAACAUCAACAUUUCAGAUUCCAUCAAUCAUGAUGACUCAAUAAAACAGAAACAAUGUAACUCUAUUGCUGGAGAGAAAGCGAUAAAGUCUAUUUCUGAUGGGUUGCUAGAUAGUGAAGGCUCAAGUCAUGCUAGUACUGAUGAUUCAGUAAGUGUGAGGAACAGUGGUGACUUCUAUGAAGCUUUAACAACUAUCUCGCCAUCUGGGAGACGUUAUGCCCCACAUCAAUUUUACCAAUUAGAAAAUGGUAAGGUGGUUGUUAGACAUAACACAAACAUGUCACACCAUGGGAUGCCAACAAAGCAGUUCACAAGCAGAUCUUACCACUCUUUUGAAGAUGCCAAGUAUCACAAUGAGUUUUCAGGAAGCUUUCUGCCACCCAUUGAGCAUAAUGCUUACUCUUCUGCUGGCUUUGUUAAUGUUCUGGCCACCUCUAACUCAGCAUGUACACAUGAAAAUUCACAACUUGGUGGAGCCAAUAAUAACAUCUUGAAAGAUCUCACUGGAGAUUUUGAGACAUACUUCCAUAAUCUUCAGUAUGCGCAAGGGUUCCAGCAAGAUAAUCCAGUAAACCCGUUUUCCUCUGGAAGGCCUGCUCCACCAUCCCUGCAAUGUCAGAACACGUGCCCUUCAAAUGGUCGAGGAAGAAAAAAUCCAUAUUCAUAUGCUAGCAUGAAUGGUGCAGUCCCUUGCCCUCCUUACCCAUCUGGCUAUCUUGUGUGGAGUCCAUUUAUUCAACCAGAUGAUCCUAUGGCUAUGAGGACCCGUGGAACAGGCACCUACUUUUCUGACCGAAAAUUGCGCAAGAAUAGGCCACCCACUGGACGUGUGGAGAGAGGAAGAAAUCAGUUCGCUUCAAAUAAUUAUCAAAGGUUCCAUCACCAUGUCAGAACAGAUAUGCCUGCAGAUAUGGGAUCUGGUCUGGAAUUGAGGCAUGAGCUACCACAGAUACAUAUUCCUGGUGCAACUGAUCAUGGAAUGCCAUCUCCAAUGAGUAUACCAAUGUCAUCGUCAUCUCUUAACUCUCCAAGAGAUCAAUUGAAGGUACCAGCUCAUUCUCCAUCUUCCCAGGUUCGAAGGAAUAAUUUCCAUGGCAAUGGUUUCAUGCUCCUGCAAGACAGUAAGCUUGAGUCCAGGACCUUUAACAGUAAACUUGAGUCUGGGAUAUUGGGGCCGUUGCCUUUAGAAGUUACCUCCAAAGACCAUGCUAGCAGAUCAGAAUCCGCUUCCAGCAAUCAAGUUUCUGGACCUGUGAGUACUGUUUCUGCUCCUCGAAACACUACUACGACAGAUUCCAAUCUAAUGAGGGAUGGCGCUCAAUCAUAUCGCCUCAAGGACAGCAGAGACUUCCCCCCACUGUCCAGUUGAAUGUUGAUGGCGGUACACUGUAGUAUGAACUGAGAGGUGACUGUCAACGCCGCACUUGAUCACCAGGCAAAAUUACCGAUGAAUGGUCUGUGCUGAACCGCAGCAGUGGCACCGAGUUGUUGCUCCCUGAAACCAGACAACAUGUUGUAUAUCCUGCCAUUUUCUUCCCGUACUCCAGGCGUCAGAUUCACCUUGUCCCUGCGAUCAGCCUUACACCCUCAUUUGGCAAAAAAGAAAAAAAAAGAAAGAAAACAAAAGGGACAGCAAGAGAAGCAGAAGGAAUAAAGAUGCAGGGUUAUGACAUGUAGAUAGUACUGUUACUAGGAAAAGGUCCCCCUUCAGACAUGUUGGAGGGCUAGUUGGUUGUGUUGUUGUUGAGAAUAGCGUUUUUAGUAGCCUUUGUUGGCGUUUAUAUAACGAGUAAGGGGUCUGGCAGGAUCUCGCAACAAAUAAAUUA